GGCCUUGGUCUGCUCUUCCUCCUGCCCCUCACCCGCACCCGCCCGGCCAUGGACUCCGAUCCGGUCUUGCGGCCAAAUCCGCUGCACGUCGUUUACUUCCUGUCGUCCAUCCUCUUUGGCCCGCUGGCUGCCUCUGUGCUGUUCUCGGUUGUGUCGCUCCUAAUACCCAAGAAUGCGACCCUAACACCAACGUCCAGCCCAACCCCUGAUGCCCGUUCCUCCAGCUCGCUCUCAAAGUCGGCCCGCACGGUCGCAACCUCCGUGGCAUCAGUGCUCUCGUCUUCGCCAUCGCCGGCCGCUGUUCGUCCAUCCAGCUCGUCGUCGGCGUCUGUCUUGGCCACUCCAUCGCCGUCGCUGGCCGCUGCUGCUGCAUCGGCAGCAUCAAGCCCUCAUAUCAUCGCACGCUUUUCGCUUCACUCCUGGCUGCUGUCGGUCCUGUGGCGAUUCGUCUUCCAGCUGGUGCAGUCGGUUCUGGUUGUCCUUUUGCUCGGGCUUGCCCUGCGCUUCCUCAUGUCGCCGCAGAAGGAGGACUGGCUUGGUGCACUCCGGAACCAGUUUGGUCGCUAUUCAGCCAUCAUGAUGCGGAAGCUGGCAGCCUCUAAGCGAUCCUCUGAGAGCAAGCCGGACGCCGAUGUUCCUCCAACCUCCGAAGCCGCCCCACCUCCGGUUCCGGCCAAGGACAGCCCAGAGUCGCUCGAGUCGGCCGGGCCGAUAGUCUCGACGCCAACAUCAACGUCGGUAUUCACAUCCACCACCACCACCAGCAGCAGCAGCGGCAACGCAACCACCGCCACACUCACGACAUCGCCGUCCCCGCUCGCUUCCGUGCCCUCGACCGACGCCGUCGACGAGGCCUCGGGUUCCGCGCAGCGUGUACAUCCCAGCGCAAAGAAAGGCACUGGCGCAGAGGUUCACAUCCUCGGCACCGUCCGGGUUCUGAGCCAUAUCUCGCGGGGCAGCAUCGACUCGGACACCUCACUGGAGACCGAGUCCGGCCCAUCGUCGAGCCUCAAGCGCGGAAACUCGCCUCCCAUUCCCCCCGCGAAAGGCUCCUCGCGAGCGACCAUUCUUGGUCGGUCGUCGCCUCCACCGGCGACCUUGCCACCCGAGAUCAACAAGCUCUUUGCCGAGCGCACCGAGACAUUCAAGGCUGCUCCUCCGCCUCGAUCGACCUCGCUCGUGACGCCGAUCGUCUUGGGCCGUCCGGGCAAUGAAAUCGUCGAGCCCGCAGCAUCCAAGCACGAGUCCUCUCAGCUCCCCACCUCGAUCGUUCCUCAGUCGGUCCAGUCGAUUCUCGAUUCGAUGAUGGAGGACCGCUACUCGAUCAUCUCCGACGCCUCGAGCACCCUGGACACCUCCAUUGUCGACAGCGUCGUCCUCAGUUACGGUACAGUGACAUUAAACGAACCCAAGGCGGACCGGUCAACAUCACCUUCGAAUAAGCCACCUCUCCCGGAUCUGGGGCCGUCGGUGCUUUCAGCAGACCUCUGGACCACAGAGUCGUCCGCCAUCAGCUUGAAUCUCUCUUUCAGGAACAUCCAGAAUCUGCCCACACUUCUCCAGCCCCUGAACAACCUGACAGUCCUGCAGCUCAACUGCAACCGCCUCACCGAAGUCCAUCCGUCCAUAUUUCAGUCGAUUCCGAGGCUCCGAGUCCUGGACCUCUCGCAGAACCAGAUCCAGCGGCUUCCGACCGAAAUCCGGCUCAGGAGCGAAUCUCUCGAGGAGCUUUAUUUGGGCUCGAAUCUGCUCGAGACGGUUCCGCUCGAGCUUGGGGCUCUGUCGAAGCUGCAGGUUCUGGACCUGAGCGAGAACCGGCUGACUCAUCUUCACAUUCGCCUUUUCACACACAUGGUCAAUCUGCAAACCCUGUGGCUCAGCAGGAACCGACUGCAGUUCCUGCCUCCCUCGCUCGGGGUGCUCCGAUCCAAUCUCCAGCUGCUGUACAUCGAGGGCAACCUGUUCGAUCCAUCGCUCUCGCGGCUGACCGAGCCUCUGAUCAAAUCGAUGACCAUCACCUCCUCGAUGCACUAUCGCAAGACCAUCGAGGAAGAAGUCAUGGACAGCGUGAAUAUGACCGAUGGCGCACCCACCCUGGACGACGACAUAUCUGCGGAGCUGCCGAGAUUCCAUCUCACUCGGACGCUGAGUCUGGACCGUCAAUCCAGCCGCUCCGUCAACACGGUCUCGUCCAGCGAGGGCGAGUCUGUGGGCCCUAGCGGCUCGAAGCGGUCCUCUUUCCGAUCAGAUGUCUCAAUGUCGUUUGGAGACUCGCAGCGCACCCAGUCCUCCAACCGCUCGCUAGACGUCACCCAUCUGCAGCGGCUGCUUGUCUUCCUGCUUGAUCUUCACGAUCUCGACAGCCGUAUCAAGUUGCGCGACGAUAGGGCGCCGUCGCUGAGCUCGAUCGAGACGACUCGCUCGACCAUCAGCGAGCUGUUUCCCAACAUGCGCCACACGCGAUCGGACUCGUCCAACUUCUCGUCCAACUUCUCAUCAAGCCAGUCGACCCUCAACAACUUUUCCGACACCGAGUCCAUCGCGACGAUUACGGUGCUCAAGCACAAGGACAAACCCGAGCGGCGCGCGCAGAUCGUGGCCGAGAUAUGCAGCACCGAGCGCACCUACGUCCAGCAGCUACAGUCCCUGAUGAAGGUCUAUGUCAAACCCCUCGAAAGCAUGAUCAACCAUGAGAACGAGGUUCUGAGCCGAGAUGAAUUUGUGACGGUGUUCUCCAACAUCCAGAUGAUCCAGCUCUUCCACCAAGGAACCCUCCUGCCUCAACUCGAAGCCCGUCUCGGAGAGAAUCCUCAGUGUCUUGGCGCCGCCUUCCUGCUGGUUGCCCCGUACUUCAAGAUGUAUUCGGACUACUACAACAAAUUUGACGGCGCCAACAGCUUUAUCGUUCAGGUCGACACCAUCGCAGCCGAAAAAUCCAAGCCCUUCUAUCCAAACAGCCUCAGCAAUCGCGACUCGAGCAGCAGCACGGUUUCCAUGAGACGGGUUGCCAAAAAGUUCAAGGCGUUCAUGUCCCAGGCCAAGCUCGACCCGGAACACACCCAGAUCAGUCUGCAGUCGUAUCUGAUCUUGCCGGUGCAGCGAUUGCCCCGAUACAAGCUUCUGCUGGACCAGCUCCUCGAAUACACCCCCCCUGAUCACCCGGACCACGUCGAUCUGCUCAAAGCCACGGAGGAGAUGAAGCAGCGUGUGUACGAAUGCAACGAAAACAAGCGCAAGGCCGAGGAGCUGAGCAAGGGGUUCCAGAUCAUCCACAACGUCAUUCGCAAGCUCGACUGCUCGGCCGGCGGCGAGUACAUCAACGCCAACCACCGACUGCUGCGUGAGACCACCUUCAAGGUCCUCAAAGUCGUGGAGCUCAAGGGCAGCCUGUCCAAGGCCAGCCGCGUCGAUGUGCUGUGGAGUGUGGGCGGCAAGAAAGACAAGAUCAUCAGCGACCACUCCAGCCCGCUCUUUGAGAUGCGCUACCUGGGCAAGAAGGUCUACUCGGACCGAUUCAUCGGCUACAACGACAAAGCCCAGAAGGAAAUCGAAGCAGGUGGUGCCACGGCGGUGUACGGUGUCUGCCGCACUGCCGGCAAGGACUUCAAGUGGUUCCUGUUCCACGACCUGAUCUGCUGGUGCAAGCCCGCCGAGGAGAGCUCGUCCACUCGCGCGGAUCUGGUGAUUGCGAUCGAGCUCAAGCCGGAGAAGACUCGGAUCGAGUUCCUCGAAGUAAACGACGAUGUUUUCCGCGCAAACCCGUCCGAGUACGAAGCACAGCUCCGGCCGCGCCUGGGCUCGGACCGCGAAGCGAUCAUGCGCGUCAGCGACGGCGAUGUUGUGAUCUACUGCCGAGGCGCGCUAUCCGAAAUCAAGGCAUGGGUGGAGUAUGCAAACGGGCUCAAGAACCAAUAAGCCCUGGCUGACAGCCCCACGCCAUCGACUUGGUCUGUGCAAGGGUCAAGGUGCAGGAUCGGUAGCUUGCCCUUCUAAUUAUCUUUUCUAUAUUCAUCCCUAACACAAUCAUUUGUCUCGUUGGUAUUUGCUGGCUGUCGGGGCGCUGCCCCAUCGUCGAUCUGCCGAC